AUGGCCAGGCGAGACCACAAAGCUUCAGCGAAAGCCGUUGAUUCUCAUAUUCCGGUGAAAUCCAGUAACGCUGAUAUAAAUAGGGCUGACCAGUCCUCGAACAAAGUGAACAAUCACGGCCCUUACAAUGAAUUCGAAAAUAAGGUAGGGCAGUACCAACGAACAGAGAAUGGGAAUGAAGAGAAAAGUAGAGAAAGUAAGCGUGAAGAUGAGAUCGGUGAAUGUAACAAGCAAAUUCCAAAUGAUGAAAAGACCGGAGGCUCUUCUUCGGAAACGAAUCACAAAAGCUCGGGCAAUGAAGGCGGAAGUGGAAACGGUAGAGAAGGAUCUGAUGAAGAAUUACUGGGAAAGGGCCAAAGUCUGGAACAAAGCUCUCAAGAAAAAGUCAAGAUUGAACACAAUGGUGGAGUGACCUCUAUUAUCGAGGAUCAAAAUGGUCAGGAAGAGGCAGAGAAAGAUGACGAGAAUGAAGUUGAAGUAGAUGACGAUAAAGAACACGAAGAAAUUGAAGAAGAUGAUGAAGAAGACGACGACGACGAUGAUGAUGAUGAUGAUGACGACGAUGACGAUGACGACGACGAUGAUGAUGAACCUCCGUUGUUGAAGUAUUCCAGAAUCACUCAAUUAUCCAAAAACUUCUUCACAAGAGACACCAUUUCAGCAUGCCAAUUCCACGAAAAAGUGUUUGCGUUUGCUACACAUGCUGGCCUGUUACAUUUCACAGAGCCCGACUUUACCUCAAUAAGAACUCUGAAAUGUCACAGGUCGUCCAUCACCUCGAUAUACACGGACGGAGAGCUUUUCGCCACUUCUUCAAUUGACGGAACUGUUGUCAUUGGUUCAGUACGAGAUAGUUCCGAUCUGCUUGCGUGCGAUUUCAAAAGACCCGUUCACGCGGUGGUAUUAGACGAAAAGUAUAAAACUUCAAGAGCUUUCGUUUCUGGAGGAAUGGCAGGGGAUGUCAUUCUGUCUCAAAGGAACUGGUUAGGGAAUAGGGUCGACGUUGUACUCGAUAAAGGACACGGUCCAAUAGUCGGAAUCCAUACGUUGGAUGACGUCUUAUUCUGGAUGAACGAUGCAGGCAUCACUUUUUACAGUAUAACGUCGAAAAGUAGGCUACUACAAAUACCGUUUCCCAAAGACGAAGACGGCACAAGACCAGAUCUGUAUUGGCCGUCUGCGCAUUUCCCAGAAACAGAUCGGAUAAUAGUUGCCUGGGCACGUCAUGUUUGGACCUUCAAAGUCUCCAUAGCAAACUCGACAACUCACGGAAAUCAUUUAGGAUCCAUUCUCUCCAGUGCCGCAUCUAGUCUGAGAGCGAUCCCGGACAAAAAAAUUGAGCAUGAUCACUACCUUUAUUUGCCCAUGACCUUAGCAGGCGCUGUGUCCUUCCGAAAUGAUCAACUCUUGUGUCUGGAAAUCACAUCCCCAGAAACCGCGGGAACAACCUCAAGCCAUCCGCAGCUCAAAAUCAUCGAUAUGUUCACUGGCGAAGAGAUUCAUAGUGACGAGGUUGUUUCGAAAAACUAUCAGAAUUUGAAUGUCAACGACUACCAUCUAGGUAAGCACAUUGGUAAAGAAUCUACGGAAUACUUCAUGGUAAGUUCUCACGAUGCGAUAUCCGUUCACGAGCUCUCUUUGCUAGAGAGAUAUAAAUGGUUUGUCGAAAACAAAAGGGAUUACGAUGCCUGGAAUAUUGGAUCGUACGCUGUUGGCAAGCAGGAAAGACUGGAAACUGGAGAACGCUACAUCAAUACUCUGAUCAAUUCUAAACACUGGGAAGAUGCAGCCUCUGCCAUUACCGAGAUUUUCUCCAGUGCAACCAAUGAGGAGGAAGACUCAGAUCAAUUCCAGCAUCUCAUCACUAUGUGGGGGAGAUACGCCACGUUGCUGAUUGAAAAUGGAAAAGUCAGUGAAAUUGCUCCUUUACUUCCAAUCCAUCCACCAUUGAGCUCAGAAAUUUACAAUAGCAUACUCGAGUUCUACUUAGAGAACCACCAGCUCUCGCUGUUUUCUCAUUACACACACCAGUGGCCAAGAGAAGUUUGGGAAAGCCAACGCUUCGAAAACCUUUUAGAAGCGCUAAUAGAAGAAAAUGACAAACACGUCCACGAAUACAGAGAGGAGCUUGUUUUUCUACUUCUCACAGAGAACAAAGAUGUUAAAGCUGUCCCUCACCUCAUCAAAAUGAAAGACCUGAGGGCCUUGGAUAUAAUUCGAGAUCAGAAGGUGUUGUCCAUGUUUGCGCGGCAAUUGUUGGAGAUAGUGCUUUUACCCUACCAUGAUAGAGAGGAAUCUUUGAACACGCUGGGGUUAGAGGUUGCUAGAAAUAUUUUCAAAAAGCCAAUUGAUCUUCUAGUGCAAGGAACUCAUAUGGUUGAUAUUUCCUUCAUAAUCACCAAGUUUUCGGCUUCGGAGAAAUAUCGCAUUUUGCUUUUCCUUUUCCUCAGCGAAGCAUCCAAGGCUGAAGCCAUUUUGACAGCGCCUUACGAAAAUGAUUUGAUCCCGCUUUACCUUCAGUUCGAUCACGAUAGCCUCUUAGAUUUUUUAAAGUCCAAGAGAAACUACGACGUGGAUAGCGCUAUCGAGCUUUGUGCUUCAAGAGAUGACUGCACUAACGAGCUGAUAUAUCUAUGGGGCAAGAUCGGAGAAACAAAAAAGGCGCUCUCGUUGAUCAUAGAUAAAGGGAAUGCGCCCAAGCUGGCCAUUCAAUUUGUGCAAAGCUCAGGAGAUGCCGAGUUGUGGCAAUACCUGAUAAAUUACAGUAUGGAUAGACCAGCUUUCAUAAAGGAACUACUUGAGAUGAGAUCGACAUUGGGAGAAGAACACGUUGACAUCGUGCGAAAAAUUCCUCCGGCGUUGGAAAUAGACGGUUUACAGGUGUCUCUUGAAAACAUCACAAAGGAAAACUUCAUCAACUUCAAUGUGAAAUCCGGCGUCUUCAAGAUUCUGGAUGAUGAGACAAAACAAUUUGCUCAUGACUUCCUGAGAUUGAGAGAAGUAGGUAAAGCGUUUGAUGUUGAAGACUUCGAAUUUUAG